AUGAGUAUAAUAGAAAGUAAGAAUUCAGUAACAGAUAAACAAAUUGGCACUUGUAAAUCAAGUGAUAACAAUAGAACAACAGAAGAAAUCAGGUCAUCUAAAGAUUCAGAUGUUUAUAUAUGUAAUGAGUCCAAUUUACAAAGUAAAAUAGAUACUUGUCAAUAUCCGAAUAUUAUAUAUUGGUACAAAGAAGAUAAUAUACAAAAGAAGAAAUCAUUUUCUAAAGGUGAAGUUAUUAAAUAUUCUGAGAUUUGGUUAAGAUUGAUUGAUUAUAUUAUAGUAAAUGAUGAGAAUUUGCAGUUAAAGAGAUAUAAUUCUUAUAGCAGUUAUAUGCAGAUAUUUAUUGGAAUAUUAUGGAGAAACAAUAAGAUAGAAGAUAUAACUUUCAGAGAAGCUUGUUAUAGAAAAAAAAUUUGGGUUCCUGUGAUUUUGAAUUAUUCAAAUGAUACACCAGAAAUAACUGCUUAUAAGUUACAAAUAAGUUGUAGUAACUUCUUACUAUAUGAUUAUGAUAUAUCAGAUGAUUAUAUAAAUAGAGUGAAGUUUAUACUAAAGAGUGAUUUUCAUAGAGAAAUCACAUUAAUAAAUUCUAGAAAUUUAUUUGACUUUGAUAAAAUAUCAAAUAUGCAGUUUAAUAUAGAUUCCAAUACCAAGGAUAAAAAGUGGAAAAACUUAGAAAAUACAUCAAUUUUAAAGAAUAGAGUGGAUUUAAUAGAAAACGGUGCAGUAGAUAAAGCAGAAGGUUUUUCACAACGUAAUAAAGUAAAUAAUUUGCAAGAUGAUUUAUCUACAAAAAUAACACUAAUUGAAAUGGAAAAACAAAAUUUUAUUUCAGAUAGUUUUGAGAAUUUUGAGCAAGAGGAGAUAAGAUUUAGGAAAUCAGUAGAUUUAGGGUUAAAUUCAGACAGUAAUUGGCUUUCAAUGAUAAAAACAAUUAAUUUUACAUCAGGAACAACAGGGAAACCUAAAGCUGUAAAAUUAAGUUAUCAAAGUUAUGAUGCGAUGGUUAAGACAUUUAAUAGAUUUUGGAGAUUAAAAAAAGAUAUGCAUAAUGUAUUACUCGUUACAAAUCCACUAUAUCAUAUAAAUAGCAGUGCUUUGGUUGAAUGGUGUAUAAGAAAUCCAUCAAUGGAUAUGAUACUGAUUGAAAAGUAUAGUCGCAAUUUUUGGGAAAUUUUAGUAAAUUCUGUUAGGGAAAUUCUGAAUACAUAUAAAGAUAACUUUUUAUUGAUUGUACCUUUAGUCCCAAAACAUUUUGAAUAUUUUUAUAAUAUGAUAAGAGAAGAAAGCUAUAAAAAUGUUGACGAGUCAAUUAAAUAUUUAUCUCAUCCUUGUAUCCAAUAUUUAUUCGGUUCAUCUGCAGUUUCUUAUGAGUUUAUAUGCAAAUUUCAGAGUAUUUUUAGUGGAAAGAUUCCAAGAAUACGUUUUGGUUCUACAGAAACUUGCCUACAAGUAUGUGGUACUGAUAUGGAGCUUUCUGAAGAGAGAAUAGUUCAGUUAUUAAAGGAGGGAUAUAAUACAGUUGAAGAUAGCAAGACUGGGGUAACUUCAAAGUUACCAACUGGAUAUUUUAUAGGUAGACCAAUACACCCAUAUUCUGAAGUGAAAAUAGUAAAAUCAAUAGAUCCGAAUUCUAUAGAAUUUAUGGUAUCUACUGAAGAACAUGAAGUUGGUUAUUUUAUCUGCCGUGGACCUAUAAUUAUGACUGGAUAUAUGAAUUCAACAAGUGAUGUAUUAGUAGAUAAAAAAUAUUUAAAAAGAAUAAUUCUAAAUAAGCAGAUUGGACACUCUCUUGAAAAUAUGGUACAUACUUGUGAUGUUCACCCUUGGUAUAUUGGAUUAGGUGAUGAAGGAUUUUGGCUUAAUAGUAAAGGUGAUAAUAAUGUCUAUCCCAAAUCAAUAGAAGGAAGUUUUGAUAUAAAUCCACAAGAUAUGCUUAUAAACAAUUGUAAAGAUAUUGAGAAUAAUUCCAAACAAAAUAAGAGUGUUUUCAUGGAAUUCCAACUUGACUUAUCAAAUUCAGGUAUUUGUAUGUGUUGUAAAGGGGAAAUAGAGAUACAAAAUAUUUGGUAUUACUGGAAAAGUAGAUCAAUUGGAAUUGUUAAAAUUGGAGGUGUCAAAUAUAGUUGUGAAGAGAUGUCUUCUAGAAUAAAAGAUUCUAUUCUUACAUUAUAUAAUAAUUUGCAGAUUCCUAACGAUAUUUCAUUUUUAGUAUAUGGAAUUAAAGGAAAUAAUACAAUAUCUGAAGAUGAUAAGUUGGUAUUAAUUUAUGAACCUUUUGAGGGGAGUUACGAGAUUAAGAAGACGUUGAUUAAUAAACUAAAAAAUUUCAAUAUACUUCAUAAAGCUUAUAUUCCUGAGUUUGUUAUUGAGAUGCCUAUUCCAAGGACAUUUAAGGGAACUAUAAAUUAUCUCGAGCUAAAACUACAAGUUGAUAGUAUGAUUAGCUACUGA